CUUUCUGCCACUACUCUCAACACCGUCGGGCGCGUCUCUAUCUGGUUCCGUAACUACUCCGGGAUCCAUACACCCUUAUUCCUUACUACUCCCAUUCAUCUCUCGCGACAACCACAGUACUUUCCAUAGUUUUGUCGCCUUUUUUCUUCAACGGACGCGACUUAUUCUAUCAUUCAACAUGGCUGCGAAGACCCCGUCGCGUUACGGACGGUCGGCUAGCCCUGGACUUACACCGGGAAGACGCGUUACGAGCCCAACGUCGUUCUCGACUUCAAGCUAUUCACCUACAAUCACCGGCGCGCAGAAGCUGAACGUCGUGACUCGGGUCACGAUUGAGGGCAAGGCACAUAGAGACAAAGAUGCAGCGAACAUUAAGAUGUACCUCAAGAUGUCCAUACCCUUAGACCAAGUUGAGCCCGGCACGACUAUCCCAUUGUUUCCUGAGGAGAAUAUCAAGGUUUCACUAUCUCAAGUGCAUCCUCUCGACAACAACUCUGUCCCGUAUCACUUUUCUUCCGCUGUGUCGCCGCUCUUGAAUAAUGCCGCUCGAGCCCUGAAUCUUCCUGCGAGGUCUCCAGAAUCAUUCAACGAAGCGUUCAAUCUAUCCCCGAGCGUCAUUAACGCCUCGACAUCAACUGCUUCCGCUCGAUCUUCAAAAGGGAAUACAUCGAGCGAUGCUCCUGGGGUUGUGGACGAGCGGUAUACCGGCAAGAUUCUCGUCAGCGGGUACAAUAUAUCCUACGUUCUCCCCAAAGCAUUCCCCCAGUCCUCUGAACCUCACUCUCGGAUCUCGUUUGGAAGUCGCCGCGGGUCCGUUGGUGAUCGGAAUCACGUCCAGUUCAUGGCCGCCAUUGAGCUGAUGGUUCCGUACGUCUCACGACCACCGCGAGCCCCGUAUUUGCUGUCCAUACCAACUCCCCGAUGCCUACACAAUAACAUCAAGCUACGGAUCUUUCCUCCCCGGGAUUCCUUGGCCUCCACAGCGUCGCUCUCUGAUGAUGAUGCGGGGUCGUGGGAUCUUACGUCUGAUCCCCACGUCAGUCGCCCCACGCGCACGUCCCGUACAACUUCGUACAACAACUUUGCAGACGAUGAGUCCAGUGAUUCCUCUGCCAGUGGCCUUCUCGAAGGUAUUGGUAUCCAGGGCACAUUUCCUAGUGCGGAGAGGAUACGAGUGAGGUGGGCGAAACCUUUGAAGAACAUUGCCAAUGGAGACUCAACUGGACGGUGGCAAGUCGGAACAAGAGAGGUCCAGGGUGCGAUGAUUUGCACUGUGAAAGGGAAAAUGAAGCACCCGGACAAAGAAGGUGUUGAAGGAAUCACCAUGGACGUGGAAUACAAGGGAACAUGCAAAGGCGUCUGGUUCCCCGGCGUUGCUACUCUCUUGGGGAUGGACGUUGGUCUAGUUUCGAAAGGCUCCGACGUGUCAUGGGUGACAGGCUACCCUAACAAUUGGCAGGUUACGGGCGGUACCGGUUUUACAGGUUUUGACGUAGGUACACCUCCGUCGACUGAUGACCAACGACAUGAUUCCUUUGAUUCCAACUCAUCUCAUGCUGUGCUCUCAGCAAUGGCAGCCAAAGAGUCCACCAAGGCAAACUCCGCCUCUUCAUCAACGUCAUCACUGCUCCGCGCACCCUUACCCGUCCAAAAUGUUGCUGACUAUUCCUUUGAGGGAUCCGCGUCUGCCAUAUCAUCAUUACCUUCAACAGGUGCGUCAAUGGCGGGCCUUUCCGCGUCGGAAUCAGUACCAUCACCUCCACCCAGUCAAGCUAUCACGUUGCACAUCAACAUGAACGAACUCCCCUCGCGUAACACGUUCACAUUCACGAUCACCGGCACCAUCCUUAUAACCCCCAAAACACCCGGAACGCCAUCUCCUAUACCAUCAGGAGACGAGUCUGAAUCAGAUCCUGAACCUGUUCUGCUCCCUGGAUUCACUGUUUUCGGUACAGAUUCCGAGGUUAUUUCAAUUAUUGUACGCAACGAGAUCGAUCGGGGCAGCGCCAAUGUGGAGGUGUACAACUCCACGGGUGAUUACCGGCGCGAUGCCCAAGUACGCAAGACGGUGCUCCAGAAAGGCGGCCACACUAAGUGCGGUGAUGGUGGGGGGAGGAUUGCCCUGCGUAGUGUCGCGGUUAACGGCAAGCUGCCUCCCAGCCGUCCACGAACACCCAGCAACCAAGGACAUCUAAAUAACUCGCACUCAUCUUCUCCCGCGCUGCUUAUGAAAAUGCUCUCUUCAAUGAACCAAACCAAACGGAAUAUGCCUGUGAUUAUCCCAUCCGUAACUGCAACGGUUACGCCACUUGUGCUGCGAGAGAGCUCGCGUCUCAGUGCUUACGCGGUACGGGUAAGUCUAACCGCAUUGGCGGAUCCGGAUUCGGAGUGGUUGGAAUUUGGACUAGGAUCUCUGGGGCAAACAUCUUCUUCGAACAGAAAACGACUGCCAAAGGUGGAUCUUGCGUGCGUUAGCGUAGAAGGUGUGCCUGUAAAGUACGAAGCCACUGCUGCUGCCAAGCAGGAACAGGAUGGUGACGUGCCAUUCGAGCAGAUGAGCGGGAAGGAGUGGAUUAGCUGGGUUCGAGUACACAUCGGAUCGAUGAACGGUGGUUCCGUUGUCGUGGACUAUGUCGUAAAGGUGGAUGACGACGGCGCGGGGAAGGGGAAGGGGAAAGCUCGAGAAGACGCGCAGUUCGAUGUGUUUCUUCCCACGUUUGCGGUGCCGAUUGGGAGGCUGGAGGUUAUUGUUGAGGAUGUCCCUGGACACGGGAUUACCUUUUUGGAUUCGAAUCUUCGGUAUCGUCAAGCCAGACGUCGCCUAUUGCACUAUUCUGGCGAGGAAUUUUUCUAUCCCCACCUUAGAUUGAUAUUGGAUUCCUCCCCUUCGAAUAGCAGCCCCCUAUCGUCCUGGUGGAAAUCAGGGCUAUAUAUGUGUUUAAUAUCCCUGGUCGUUUCGUGUGCCUUUUUCCUACCACUAUCCUCCGAGCUCAGACGCGUUGGCCAAUCCUUGGACGGCUACUCGUUUGUUCCAGGCUCCCAUUGGAACGAUGAACCUAGGCCUGUAAUCGUGACUACCACUGUGUAUUCGAAUACGCGACAGUGGAUCGCUGACGAGUCGGCGACUCCGGAACCAUCAAGCAGUGAAGAUAUCUAUUACGCUUCGCCCACUUCGUCUAUUACCACCACCACCACCACUAUCACUGCUACCGCCUCUGAAAUCAAAAUACCCAGGCCAGAAACACCACCGCCUCAGGCUACCUGGGAAUCGACAUCUUCGUCGUCUUCCCAAGGCCUACAACUUGACUACGACUGGGCAUCCUGGCAAACCCUUCUAGCGAUGUCUUGGGGGGAUCUACAUCCUCUUCGAGAUAAGCUUGUAGAAAGCCUAGAGUCUCUCUGGCAGAUCUUCAGGAAGGCGUAUCACUAUCCUUUACCACCUCCAUGACACUUUUUAUUCUCAGCUCUCGAUGUGUUGUUAUGUUUAUAAUGUGAUUUAUGUAGAAUGUACUGAGGCCUAAUAUAACGAUUUUCUUGGGAUAGUAUUU